CGAACGGCGUUACGUCGCGCCGCAUCAAACGCUCGCGCGCUCUCUCUCUCGCUCUCUCUCUCUCACGCAUGCGGGCGUUUAUUAAUCAGAAAUAUGGGUAAUAUUUAAACAUUUAAAUAAAUAAAAUAAUUAAUAAAUAUAAAAAAUAAAUAUAUAAAUAUAUAGAGAGGGGGGCGUCACAGUAAUAACGCGAGAGUUUGUAAGUUGCCUCCAGUCGGUAACGGCAGCUCCGGCAGUGACAGGCGGACUCGCGCGUGACCCACCAGCGGCAGCAGCGGCAGCUCGUGCUGUAGAGCCGUAGUUACUGUACACGGGCCGCGCGAAAGGAGCGGCGCGAGACCCGGGCUCGAGCCUGCGGGGAGGAACCGAGGGCUGGGACUGCGCCCGAGCCGCCGUCGAAGCGGCGAACCUCCCGAGCGGAUCCGCUGCUGCUGUGUUUCAGCCCUGCACCGAUAACUGGGUCGUGUCGGUGGAGAAAUUACGGUACUAAACACGUUUCCGGUCCUGCCGAGCCUUUAGCUUUUCCGCGCGAGGGUUUUUUUUACCUCCUCCUUCGUAUUAAAGUCGCCAUUUUGCUUCACUGCCUAUAAAAGCGGAUUGUGGUGGAUUAUUUUAUACCCGGACGGACGGACGGGGUACCGGGCUCGCUAUCGUCUCUGCCUUUUUCCCUUCGUGGCCAUUUGUGGAGCUUUAUUUAUUUAUUUUUAUUUUUCCACGUCUCGACUCCCUCUCUCUCUCUUUAUCUCUCUCUCUCUGUUUCUCUCUCUUUCUGAGUGUGUUUUGAAGAGAAGUGUGGGAACAGUGUGAAAGUGGUGGUCAGGGGCUUUGGGUUCAUUUGGGUUCGUUUCCUUUCCUCCUCCUCCUCUCUCUGUUUCUCUCUCUCUCUCUUCUCUGCUCUUCUUCUUUUCCACCUCCCUCCACCUCCUCCUCUUUCUCCUCCUCUUCUUGCUUGUCGUCGUGGUCCUCCUCCUCCUCUUCUCUUCCUCCUCCUGCUGUGGAGCCACGGUGGGGGCUGUGGUGGUGGUGCUGAAGAAGAAGUGACCGGCGGUGGUGUUCCUCCAGUCCAGUCCAGUUCUGGGGAGUUGCCAUGUAGCGCCCUGAGGGAGGCGUGAGGAUCACACAGCCUGAAGCGCACGUGGGUGCCCCGGGUGGCUGGGGCCGGCCGAGUGUUUGGGUGGCUCCAGCGGUUCAGGCAUGGACACCGCCAGCAGUGCCCGGUUAGUUAAGCCACCCUCAGGGUUGUCCAAAGGACGCCCACAGAAACAGUCCCACCCCCCAGAGACAGCACGGAUGGGUGGCACUGAAAACGACAAUCAUGGUCCCUCCUGCAACGAGAGGUCAGAGGGGAAGAAGAAAGGGCGCCCUCGGGUGGACGUGCAGGAGCUGCGCAGUAUCCCUGCCCAUAUGAUGGUUCAGUGGAAAGAGGAAUUUAAGAGUCGUUCUCGUGUGAAGUGCCCGAAUUCAGGCUGCUGGGUGGAGUUUCCCAGUAUUUAUGGUCUUAAAUACCAUUAUCAGCGCUGCCACGGGGCAACCAUGGCGGAGAAGUUGAGUCACAGCUGCCCGUACUGUGAGGCUGUGUUUGCCACUAAAGUGCGCCUACAGAAGCACAAACUGUGGAACCAUCCGGAAAGGGUCACCAUGGAGUCCAAUGCAGGGGUGCCCAUGGAGACCAAGUCUGAGCCUAAACUUGAGCCAAAGGUGCAGAAGAGCCUUGUGAAAGGAAAUUCCAAAAAGAGGCCUAUGGAGAACAACCCCCCCUCGCCCGUCUUCUUCAAGGUGAAGAAGACCCAGGAAGCAUCUCAGCCUUCGCAGAACGGCGAGUGCGCCACCCAGAAGUCGGAAAGGAAACAGCAUCACAGCUCCCAGCAGCAGCAGCAGCAACAACAACAGCAACAGGGGGCGGCUUCAGACACCGGGGGGAGCGAGAGUGAGGGAGGGAGCCUGCCGCCACCCUUUCCUGAGGAAGACCCGGAGAGGAUGAAGCAUAGGAGGAAGCAGAAAACUCCAAAGAAGUUCACUGGGGAGCAGCCCUCCAUCUCUGGGACUUUUGGAUUGAAAGGUAUGAAUAAGGUGGAAGAGAAGCUGAAAGCAGGCAGAGUAAAGCGGCCAGAGGGGGCGCUGUUCAAUGAGGAGUCCCCGAGGAAGCAGACAGCUACAGGUUCAUCCAGGAGAAAACCUCCAUCCCAUACUCAAGCAGCUCCUGCUGAAGCUCAGUGGCAGCACACCAUCUCAGAGCGGGGGGAGGUGUCCUGCCCCACCUGCUCCGUCGUCACCCGCAAAACCGUCCACGGCCUCAAGAAGCACAUGGAGAUCUGUCAGAAGCUUCAGGAUGCUCUGAAGUGUCAGCAGUGUCACAAGCAGUUCAGAUCCAAAGCUGACCUCAGUUACCAUACUAUGACGGAACACUCUGCCAAGCAGCCCUCUGGGAGCGAGAACGAGGGAGGGGACGAGCAGGAGGAGAGAGAGAAGCUCCGCAGAGUUCUCAAACAGAUGGGCAGCAUCAAGUGUCCCAGCGAGGGCUGCACAGCUCACUUCACCAGUCUGAUGGGUUAUCAGUAUCAUCAGAAGCGCUGUGGUAGAGAGCUGUCAGACACUGAGAAGCCUGUGUUCCUGUGCCAGCACUGUGGGAAGACGUACCGCUCCAAAGCUGGCCGAGACUACCACGUGCGCUCUGAACACGCCAUCGCUACCACACCCACACGCCCGGUCCCCACCACUGAGGAGGUAAAACCUAGCUUUAGGAAAGAGAAAGAGCAUCCUCCAGCAGAGAAGACGAAAGAGGAGAACAUCAUCAUGAAGAAGAACCCAGUGAAAGUGAAGGAGAGAGUGGAGGUGAAGAGAGAGGAGAAAAGAGAAGAGAAGAAGGAGGAGAAGAAGGAGGUUAGGGUGGAGGCGCAGGACUUGCUGGACCUGGAUCGCACUCCCAGUGGCAGGGUGAGGAGGCGCUCGGCUCAGGUGGCUGUGUUUCACCUGCAGGAGAUAGCAGAAGAUGAGCUGGCCAAAGACUGGGGUACCAAGCGACGCAUUAAAGAUGACCUCGUGCCCGACAUCAAAAGACUCAACUACACCAGACCAGGCCUUCCUAACUUCAGCCCAGAAACCCUGGAAACCUGGAAAAAUGAAGUAAAAGAGAAAGGGUUCAUUUGUUGUCCCAAUAUUAGCUGUGAAGCUGUUUACUCGAGUGUGUCGGGACUCAAAGCUCACCUUGCAAACUGCAAUAAGGGAGGGGGCGAUGUGGGGAAGUAUACAUGCUUGCUGUGCCAGAAAGAGUUCAGUUCAGAAAGUGGAGUGAAAUACCACAUCAGCAAGACACACUCUCAGAAUUGGUUUCGAGCAUCUAGCAAUGUGGUGCCUAACAGCAAGGGGCCAGAGAGCAAUGGGCUGGAGAAGGACGUGAAAAACGGAGUUAGCGCGAAGAAGAGGGGGCGAAAACCCAAAGAGCGCCCACCCGAGACCACCGCCUCCAUCUCAGAAAAGACUUCCAGCUGCAGCACACCCAAACCCACUCCAGCUCCAUCUCCAGUGCCAGCUCCCACCCAUCUCCAAAGCCCAAGUCCAAACACAGCCCAAGCCCCCACGCAGCCCCCCGUACCCGCCACCUCCGACAGCACCUCGGCCCCCGCAGAAACACUCGUGGACAGUGGAAGUCUAGCCCAAACCAGAGACUCGCAGCCCCCCGUGAAAAAGAGGGGCAAACCUAAGAAAGUGCAGCUGGCAGAGUAACAUGGCGCUCACUACUUCAACACCAGGCAGGAUGCUGUUAGUCAUUUAUCAGUACAUUAAUAAUAAAGCUAGGCUAGGACUGUGCCACACAGCUGAAGGAUUACAGAGAGGAUAGAGCUGAUACAGAAUAACAGAAGGUGGGUAGAGCAAAUAACAACAACAACGACAACAACAGUUAGCUCUUGUAUUAGUUUCACACUGAUAUCUGUUUCUUAACCUAAAAUAUACAUAUACAAUAUAUGUGUCUACUGGUAUAUACUGAUACAUAAUAAUCCUUUUUAUUCCAUUUUUAGAUUUCAUUUCAAUCAUUAAGCUACAAAAAAGGGUUACUUGUUUUAAAUACUGAGAUUCCACUAUAUAUACAUAUAGAUAUAUACAUAUACUGUAUAUACACAACCCCAAAUUUUAAAAAAGGUUUGUACAGCAUGUAAAUCCGAAUAAAGAAAUGCAUUGUUUCUUAUAUUUCCUUUUAUUCAGGUUUUAUUUAAUUGCAGGCAGUGUACACCCAAGAUAUUUCGGUUACAGUUUUGUCUGCUUAAUUUAUGUUCAUUUGUCAGAAACAGCAAUGGUGUUCCCAGGUAAAUUUGACCCAGUGCAAGUUUAAUUAUCGAAAAGAUGUCUGAAACCUAAAAAUCCUAAAAAGCAGUGUGAAUAUUUCAUUACUAACUGCAUUGCUAAUUAUUCUAUCAAUAUUUAGUGCAAUGGUGUUCCUUACCCCUAACAGGUAAUUGUUUAAUUAGGAUAAUUCACUCGUUUUUCAUAAACUUUUUUUAAUGUUUCACUACUUUAUUACGAGUACUGCAGAUCAGCACAGCAGUGUCCAUAUUUCAUGUUAUAGCACGAACCUCAAAUGUAUUAUGGCAAUUUUACCACAGUUCCAUUAUCACUGUUUAUUAAAAUAUUUAGCAUUCAAGAGGACGAGAAAAUAUGAUCUGUUUGGUUAUAAAAACUCCACAAGUUAAAAUAGUUCCAUUGCUGCUCCGUUUGUAGCUGCGCUGUUUGGCUUGUAAGCGCUGUAUCAUUGCUAGGUUAUCUGUAUGUGGCAGAGUAAUACAUGAAGAGCUUUGGUUACAGUGCAUUACUUGCUGAUAAUGGCACUAAUAGAAUGCCUCUCAGCCAAUCACAUUGCAGCGUCAGAACUAACUGUGGUAUGAUAAACAGUACAACAUUUUACAAAAUUGUUACAGUGGUGUGUAUUCUCUGUGGCAAGGAUGCGAAUAUGCUCACUUGUGGAUCUUUUCCAUCCGAAUAUGAUCCUUUGAAAAUUAAGUGAUUGGUCCCGAUUUCUGAUCACAUGAACUGUUCGGGCACAUUCCUAUUAUAUACUAUCCCUAAAUUGCAGGUCUGAAUUGCAGUGAAAUGAAAUUAAGUUAAGCAGACAAAAUUUGAAACAUUUUGGGUUCAUACUAUUAGCAAUGUAAUAAAAUUCAAAGUAUAUGUAAGAAACACUGUGCUUUUACUUGCAUUUUGCAUGCUGUCCCAAUAGUAUUUGAUUUGGGGUUGUGUGAGUGUGUAUAUCUUGUCACUGUCAGGCAUGUUUUGACAUAAUGUGAUUCUGACAGUUGUCUAUUACAUUGUGUCAAAGUUUCAGGAUGAACGAAGCAAUAGAAAUGACCAAAACGACAUGGAAUUUUUCUGUACACCUUUUUCUCUAAUGUUGCCAUUUUGAAGGUUUUACAAGGUUUUAGCAUGACAGUGAUGAUAUAUAUAUAUAUAUUUAUAUAUAGAACUCAACAUUUCAGAAAACUUUGGGGGUAGCUAAGUUGAUACGUCCGGUAGUUUCAUGUUGUGUUUUGAAAGGUUUUUUUUUUAUUAUUUAAAAAAAGCAGGAUAUAAACGUCAUUCAAUUAGCAUGAUGUGCUAAUUUACGACUGACGUUUCAUUACAGAUAUACUGUAUUGUUUAUAUAUAUAUAUAAUACUGAUAUCUAUAUAUGAAUACUGUAUAUACCGAGGAAUUCAUUUUUGUCAGGUUUUUUUUUUCCCAGCCAGGUUGGUCAGAACAAUUCAUUUUGCCUUUUUUUUUUGGUGGUCAUGGGUUGAUUGUAAUUCUCCUCUGGUGUAUUGGGGUUUUGUUGUGUUAAAGGUAGCGGAAUGGAGCAUAUCUGUUGGGACAGUCUGCUUACAGUGCAAUAGUGUCGCUUUCGUGGCUUGUGUCUGGUCUCUUGCUCAGAAUCAUGAGAGGGGGAGUUUGGCCUCUGUGUGUAAAACUCCUAUUCCUGUAUCCAGUAGUUCAGUAGUACCCAACAGUUGGUCGAAGGGUAUCGUCAGAAACGUUCAGCUGCUUGGAAAAUACAUUUCUAUAUGUUGUGCUCUCAAAAAUUUAAACGGGCUAUAGACACAGAAGUUAGAGGAUGUGGAAUUCAGAGCAAAUGACAUAUUCACUUUAGAAUUAAGCCCAUUACACACCAGAAGCAGCGUGGUACCUGUGGUGCAUCAGAACCAUUCACAUUUCAUAACGGCAACUACAGAUGUGCAUCUUGAGGUGUUUUCCUGUGUACAAAACCAAAAAGGUAAAUAGCUUAUUAUUGUGAUUAAUUAGGUGAAAUACUUACCUUCAGUUCAAAAAGCUGCAGAUACAGCAUUUCAGGCUCUACUACUACAAGGCAUUCAGUUUACAGUUUAAUAUACAGCCGUUUGUUGAUGUGUUUCCUGACCUAUAGAUUAUAGUGCAUUCAGAGUACUGAAUUCUGUUUUGGUUCUGCAUAGAAACCACUAGAACUCCAUGCGCAGCACACCCAAACAUGUAUUUUUGCACUUAGUAUGUGCAUUUUCACUGUGAUGCCGCAAGAUGCAAGUGGUCUUUGUGAAAGGUAUAUUCCUUCUUAUCACCUACGUCACCAUCGUCUACCAAAACGAGGCUGAGGGGAUACGGAAAUGGGUACUAGCAACGCUGCCUCACUGCUGUGUUCCCAAAUGAGUGGCUUUACUGCUACUUAAUACCUGACUGGUAGAAUUGAUACAUAAGGUACCCUGACGAUUUUUUGGAAAAUAAAAGGAUUUUAAAUGCGCCUUAUAGUCCGAAAAAUACGGCACAGAUUAACGUGGACACAAUAAGUAAGUUCAGAACACUUUAUAAAAGAGUGUUGCUUUAAAGCUCACCUUCCGCGAAAAUCCGAUUUUUCUUCUUUUUUGUGGAAUACAGUAGGUCUCUCCGAGUUGAAUGUGUACACCUGCACAUUAAACUGUUUUGCAGCCCCCAUUGUCUGCAGGAGCUAAGCAAAGAAAUCCCCCCUCCCCCCCUCCGAAAAACGGGUGAAUUUUGAAUUAUCUUUCUGCCUACGUAGGCAGAAACUCACAGACCAGCCCACCUUGGCUCGAGAAACUCCCAGAGGCGGAGCUGAAGCGACGCAACAUCACCGCUCAUCAGUUAGGAGGUGGGAGGCAGUGAGCGGCAGAGCGGUGGAGGGGCGUCGCAGUGCUCCUAGCCAAUCAGAGGAGAGAUAUUUGCAUGCUGUUUGCAUGUAUGAAUAUUCAUGAGCAAAGCUGGAAUCCGGUCAUUUUGGACACACCCCUAAAACAGUCCAUUAAAAAAGAGCUAUACAGAGACACCUGAGCACUUUUUUUUACAAAAACGGCUCACAUGUCAUUCAUUCAUACUAGAGACCACAACUAGACAUUUUAAAAUGAAAGAAAAAACGACGGAAGGUGACCUUUAAGACACUGGUUGGAAUGAGAAAGUUAAAGAAGGAUGCUGUGCCCACGUUAUUUACCUGCACAGAUAGUUCAGUGAAGCCUGUAAGGAGGACUGUAGUUAGAUAAACUACAGGGUAUUUUUCUACAGUCACUAAGUUAGUUAAUUACUAACUAGCUAACAAGAUAGCUAACACAGGUAAUUACCUAACUACUACCUACCUUCCAAUUUGUGCACAUAAUGAUCAAUCCAGUUACUGUAGCCUUUUAGUAAAACACCCGGGGAAUCUUAAACUUAUUUUCUACCUGUUUUUCGACUGCUUUUACCUUUAAUUCAGGGAGGUGUGUGAGGUUAAUUGUUCACACAGGCUUUGCCAUUUAAACUGGUGAAUAUUCUGCAGGCUGCCUUGGAAUUUCGGGUAUAGGAGCGUACGCCCCAGCCCCCCUUUAUUUCAACAUGGACAGGGAGUAAAUAAGGUGCAUUGUUCACAGCGCUUCAUGUAUCAUGGUUACUGCCUCUGCUGUGAAAUGGGCUUUAAACAGUAGUCAUUCAGUAGAGAGCACAACUUCACACAGGUUUACCCUGCUUCUAAAAAAUAGAAAAAUGCACUUAGAUACGUGUGUACUGAACCUAAACACAGUACUAAGAUUAUAUACACUUACUUUGAUCUGUAGCUUUAGGGCUGUGUUCAGACUGCUAGUUGACAUUUUUGGCAUAUCCAGGUGCACAUGAAAUCCAUUUUGUGCAAAUCAGAUCCAAACCACAUUUUGAAGUGGUUUAAAACGUCAUGAUAUCGUAGCAGAUUUAUACAUACUCAAAUUGGUCUUUUGCAUCACAACACAGCAAACAACCACCUCAUUAAAGCCAGAGUUUUAAAGCCAAGUGCGUGGGUCCAAAAAGACCACUAAGGGCAUUUCAGACUUUUAGUGCGUUGAGUUUGUUAACUUGGAGCGUUUUCUCCCUCUGUUUGGUUUGGUUUCACACAGGCAUAAACCUAAACGAUCCAAAAUGUCCACCAAUAAACCAUGCAAGCAUGUUCUCUGCUCUGAUUGGUCUGUCGUGGGAGCAAGAAAGUUAAUAUAGUGAGAACCUGCUUUAACUCUGAACGCUGAAACUCUGCGCUUUCACAUUGUUUUCGGAAGUACACGUAGUAAACGAGUCACACGACUGUGAGCAGUGAACACAGCACAGACCGUGGAAACAGCAUGGAGCAUCAGUGACAUUGUUUGUUCAUAGCUGUGGUAAUUAGCAUUAUCUGGCUAAUAGAUAAGAUUAAACUGCGCCUUAUAUGCAGUUUAUCUCUAAUAAAAGGAGUAUAUUUGAUAGCUGGGUAGGAUUUAAACCGGUUCACCACAAGCAAACUGCUUCACUAGCUGGACUCGGUCCAGUUCUUUUGAUCUGUUUUCACACCUGCUCAAUCGAACCGCACUCAAAGUACAAACUAACCAGAGUCCGUUUUAACCGGACCAAAUAACCUGGCUUGAAAAUGCCCUAAAAGAUAUUUACUGAUGCCAAUCUUAAUUAACACAGCAACCCAUGCAAAUCUGAUACAAUCACUUGCAAUUUACAGCGUGAACACAUAGAUCAACUGAUGUGGUUUUGUAAAAAGUCUGAACACAGCCUUAAUGAACACCCAAAUUCCUGAAGUCAGUUUCUUUACUUUAAAAGAGAACAACAUAUUCAUAAACAUUAUGUUUAUAAAUACAAAUAAUACUUUAUCUCCUCAAAAGGUCAUAUCUACUAUAUGAUCAGGGCUGUGGAGAGUUUUAGGAGAGUCCUGGCAUUUCUUUAAUUCCUUUUUUCGAGGCAUGAAGCAGUUCCAAAAGGCUUGAAGCAGUGCAUCUAGACUGCACAUGGAGAGCUCAGUGACUGUAUGCAAUAGUGAGAGUGUUCUACCUGGAGGUAAAGCACUGAACAGCACAAUCAGGAUUAUUAUUACAGGAAUUUGAUGAGAAGCUAUAUAGAGGAGGCUGAGAAUCAGAAAGAGUUUGGGUAAAAAGGACAAAUUACAGCUCUGUUUGGACGUCAGUCAGCGAUCCUGCACAGAUCUAUACCUGAUAUUCUGAUAAUAAGGCCUAUAUUUGAGGGAAUAAAAAAACGCUCGUCUUGCACUUUAACCCUUCAUCCCCUCCCUCCCUCUUAUCUUGCACUUUGCAGGCACUGUUAGGCUUCCAGCCCCGAUUCCCCCGACCUUACUGGAGUGGCUAAGUCUUUUGUGCUCAUCUUGAACUAGCUUCUUCUGUCUAAAUCCCAGCCUUAAAGGCAGUUCUUAUUAAAAACUGUAUAAAUGUUUUUCUUUUUUUAAUGAAAAAAUUAGGCUUUAAUGGAUUGAAGUAUAUUAACAAUUAAAAGGCUAAAGUUUCCAAACUUUGUUGCCCUAUCAAAAACAAUUGUUUAGACUGCACUAGGCCUGUCACAUUAAUUCUGUUAUUGAUUUAUCGUACAGUAUACAGUCAUGAACUCACUAGAGCUACCAAUUAUGUUUCUCUUCGCAAGGAAAAGAGUUUUAAAACAGUGUUUUUAUUUUAUGUAUGAUUACUUUAUUUAAUAUAUAUACAGCUCUGGAAACAAAUAAGAGACUUAAAAAUGAUGUUUUUUUUACCAAAUUGAAAACCUCUCGAAUAUAAUCAAGAGGAAGAAGGAGGAUCACAAGCCAUCAAAUCAAGCUGAACUGUUUUAACCUUUGCACCAGGAGUGGCAUAAAGUUAUCCAAAAGCAGUGUGUAAGACAGUGGAGGAGAACAUGCCAAGAUGCAUGAAAACUGUGAUUAAAAACCAGGAUUAUUCCACCAAAUAUUAAUUUCUGAAUUCUUAAAACUUUAUGAAUAUGAACUGUUUAAAAUGUGUAUUCCCAUUCCAAUCUGGUGUCUAAAUAUUAUUUAUAAUUAUGAGUUCAUUACGCUUUAUCAUACUAUUAUUAGUACAUGAGUGUAAAGAAAUGGUAUUAAAAUUAUAAUAAUAUCGUUUACCACAAUUAGGACAAUUUCUAGGACAAUAUAUUGUCCAAUCAGAAAUAUCUAUUGUGACAGGCCUAGACUGUGAAUGAGACGCCGGUCUUCAUGAUAAAAAAAGCAUUUAGACAAAAGAUCCUAUUCAGUUCUAAAGAAAGUUUGGAAAGGAGCAUUUAAAAAUAAUAAGGCUGCAUUCACACAGAAGAAAAAUGUUUCACCAAAUAUGAUGUUUCUAUUUGAUGUGAUCCAUAUGCAACAUUGGUCUGAACAGUUACAGUUACUUCUCCAGCAUCACAGCAGCAGAGAAUUGAAGAGUUUCAGUAGCUACAACUGAUCUACAAAAGCUACAACAUCUUUAAAAAUAGGUAUAUUACAGGUAUAACAUAUUAUAUUACAUGACAGACAUGUCAUUCUACCACGCCCACUUUUUUAGUUUGUGUUCUUCCUUUCUUUAAACACUCUUUAGGUUCAGUGUCUUCUGUAGUCUAAUAACAGCUGCUUUGGUAAACAAAUCCAGAUAAUUUCUUAAUUAAUGCAAUUAAUUAUUGUAAGAGCUUGUCUCAGAUGAGCACAAAUAGGCAUCUUUAACCAGCUUCCACCAUGUGGGAGAAAUAGUGCUAGGUGCAAGGACUGCUGGUCCUCCGUGUCCCAGUGUAUAAAACUAUAAAACAUGUCAAAUGCGAAAAACGUACUGAAAUAUUAAGCCAUAAGUGUCCCUGUGAUGGUGACUAAUGGAAGCAGUGGGUCUUCCUCAGUUUGUACACAAUGUUGCGAGAAAGAAAAAAAAAUGAGAACGAAAUGAGAAAUGUGAAAGAAAAAUCAAAAAUGUGCUUUGAUUUUUUUUUUUUUCAGCAGAUGACUAUUUAUUACAAGACCCUGAUUAUUCUAACUGAGGUACUUGAAACCAUAAACAAAUUGCCAUAAGAAUUAUUAUCUGACCAUAGGUCGCCAAUAGAGGAAAAAAAUAGAAAAAAAAAGAAAUAUGAAAUGUAUAUUUAUAUUUACUGAGCAAAAUAUAAUAAGCUCAUUUAAAGUGGCACACCAAGUUUAUUUUAUGCGUUGUUGUAGAUUUGAUUAUAGCAAUCUCACACUGCUUUGAGUACAGUAAGGUUGGAAUGUCAAGGUUAGACUAAAGGUGCUAGUAGCCAUUCUACCUUAAGGACUGUUGAGUGUGAUGUAAAUCGGCCAGUCAUCUUCGCCAUUGAAUCGUUGCUUUAUGGACAUGAAAUACAUAAAAUACCAAGUUUUAUUUGAGAGAAAGAGAAGUUUCUAACAAGCUGUUCUGUGGCAUUAGUACCACACUGUGGCUCUUUACUGCGCUAACGGAACAGCUUACAUAUUUCAGUUGUCCUUGGCUGUGACCAAAAUGAAUCCCUACUCCCUCACUCCACACAUUUGUAGUGCACUAUAUAGGGAGAGACUACUUAGGGAUCUAUUUUAGUCACAGACCUUGUUUUGGUUUGGCUUCAGCUCCUAUAAAAUGUCACAGCUAGAAGUCACCCUGUGAUGAAAGGAUCAUGUGACCUAUGUCCAUGCAUUAAACAUUAGCACACAUCUAAAAUCCGAACCACAUUGGCGUACAGUAGAGCUGGGCGAUAUGGUAAAAAUGUUGUAUCGCGAUAAAAAAAAAAAAAUUAUCACGAUACAAUAAAAUACUGUUGUAUCGCCCGGCUUUAUCGUAUCGCACAGAACAUCCAUUAGACAGCCAGUAGACAUAAUCACCUCGACGUAAGCGAGGUGAGGCAGCACACCGUAUGUUUUAACUCGUAUCUCGUCGAAUGUAUCUUUAUCUUUUGCAAUUUCACACAAUAAUGUUUCUCUGCUCUUUCGUACUGAUAUGAAUGGUAUAAAAAGGCUGCCGUGUCACUUUGUUAUAGGGGUAUUGUUGCGUCCUGAGUUUAAUAAUCUGUCUUCCUAGAUGAUGUGGUGUACACAUAUGCAGCAGUUUUGGCUUAUAAUACUGCGAACACGUGUUCAUUUGAAUCGACAGCAAUACAGCAUAAUCCCUGUGUGUAUAUCGGCUCUGCAGUUGACGGCACUGUUUAGAAUAUGAUUUCCAAAGCUCGGCGCAUUUCGUAUCGUAUUCAGUUCCUCUCGCUUCUUUGCUUCGUUCCUUGCACUCACCGUCGCUUUAAAUCUGAGGUGGCCAACUCACACUGUUAAACCCACAAGUAGUUUCAAAUUAAAUAAUUUAAGUUUAUUUUAUUAAACAUUGGAUAUUUCACUCUUAUAUCCAACCUUUGAGUCAGGAGAACAUUGGAGCCCACAUACACAUUCAACUAGAUGAGUUUAAUCUGUUGCCAUUGGCAGCUUCUUUUUUCUUGGCUUCUGUCACUAUCUAUUUGCAUAUUCUUCAGUGUGUAGUCAUUCCCCAGGCGACCUGGGAUCAUAUAUUAGGAUUAACUACCUAGCAUGGAUGAUGUAGGCUGUAAAACGAAGCAUCAUUGCUAUAAAAAAACAAUUCAAACAUAAAGUUGUUAGUAAACAUUACUUCAAAUGUUUUAAGAUUUUGCCAGUUUCUUCAAAUUAUUUAAGUAAAUCCACCUUAUCUAUGAUUACAGUGCAGGUCCAGAAGGUAACAGUCCAUACCAGGAUUUCGUUCCAAUUGGCUGUCCAGCUCUGCAGCAAGGUGAAACAAACUCCUGGGCUGGACUCUUACUUUCUGAACCAAGAUUGGCCACCAUUGAUUUAAACGAUUAGAAUAUAAUAGUCACACUUUUCUAUACGGUUUAAAGUACAUGUUAAAAAUGUCUUUUGUUAAAGCAAAAAGGGGUGUGUCUCCAAAUGAGUGCGUGAGCGUGUGUAUGUGCGCGCGUGCGUGUGUGCAUGUGCGUGGGUGGGUUUUCCGUAUUUAGUGCACUUGCUAUCCCAUGAACUAGGCUUGAAUUUGAAGUGUUGGAGUGGUAAUAGAGGUUUUGGUGAUUCUUGGCUGUGCAGUGUGGCUUUUGUACCUUAAGGGGGCGUGUAGGUGCCCCCGACCCAGUUUUUAAAGUAGAUUUUUUUUUAUUUCAUUACUUUUCAUUACUCGUUUUCAUAUAAAAUUUCAGAUGACAGAACUAAAUGUUCGACCCACACGCACGACCCACUCUCUUUUGUUAUAAAGAUUCUCAAAACGUUUACAUGUGGGCGUAACGACGUGAGAUUGGAUGAGUGAAGAUUAAUAAAUCAUGGUACUUAAGGGUAGUCCAGAAGAGGACUUUAAAAAAGAUGUUUUAUUAAAAGGGUAAAAAAAGUCUAUUAACGGGUAUGUAAUGAUGAGAGUAACAGACGAAACGUCUUAUUUCUGCAUUGAAGUUUUUAUCUAGGUUAUCAACAGUCUAAAGCGUUAUCAUUCUUUUACAAAAUUGUAUUAACUGUGCAUUAGUAUCCCUCUAAAUGAUUAAUAAAAUGUUGUUGACUAA